AACGAGAGACAAACCUGGGUCCAACCUCCCUCAAAUCACGGGGAGACUUUGCUACGGGAGACACAGCAACACCCCGAAGAGUGGAGCUACAGCAUUGCUUUCGUGAUCUAGCCUCUUAUUAUCUGCAAGAGAAGCCCGCAAGGCAAGCAGAAACAGUCGUAAAAGAGAAGAUGAGCUUUUUGGAGUCGUGACGUCGCCCUGGUUCGAGACGCUUCUAAAAUGAGGAGGAGGAGUGUGGCGCUUCACCUCGCCCAGACUGGAGGCUCCUGCUGCUCCUGCUGCUCCUGCUCCUGCUGCUGGUGGUGGUAGAGGGAUGGUGCCUCUCUGAAGAGCCCCUGAGGACGACAAGCCUGUGGUCAAGAGCUGCAAGCAAGUGCCUGGGUACCAUGACUGUCUUCAACCAAGAAAAUGUGGAGGAAUUUUAUGAAAUUGGGGAUGAGCUGGGGAGUGGUCAGUUUGCUGUGGUCAGGAGAUGUCGACACAGGGACACGGGAGUGGAGUACGCCGCUAAAUUCAUCAAGAAGCGGCGCAGUAAGGCGAGUCGGCGAGGAGUGUCCCGGGAGGACAUCGAGCGCGAAGUCAACAUCCUAAAAGAGAUCCAGCAUCCAAACGUCAUCACUUUGCACGAGGUCUUUGAGAACAAGGCCGAGGUCAUCCUUAUCCUGGAACUAGUGGCAGGCGGUGAACUGUUCGACUUUCUGGCAGAGAAGGAAUCUUUGAGUGAAGAGGAGGCCACACAGUUCCUCAAGCAGAUCCUGGAUGGAGUCCAAUACCUGCACUCCAAGCAAAUCGCACACUUUGACCUUAAGCCAGAGAAUAUCAUGCUGCUGAACCGCUCUGUGCCUCACCCGCGCAUCAAGCUCAUUGACUUUGGCCUGGCCCACAAGAUCGACUUUGGCAAUGAUUUUAAAAACAUUUUUGGUACACCAGAAUUUGUAGCUCCAGAAGUAGUCAACUACGAGCCCCUGGGCCUGGAGGCAGACAUGUGGAGCGUUGGUGUUAUUACCUACAUACUACUUAGCGGAGCAUCACCAUUUUUGGGCGAUAAUAAGCAAGAGACAUUGGCCAAUGUGUCUGCAGUCGAUUAUACAUUUGAAGAGGAAUUCUUCAGCAACACCAGCAAACUGGCCAAAGACUUCAUUGCAAGACUCCUUGUUAAAGACCCCAAAAAAAGAAUGACUAUCCAGGACAGCCUUCAUCACCCCUGGAUUAAGCCAAAAGAUACGCAGCAGGCACUGAGCCGAAAGGAGUCCGCUGUCAACAUGGAAAAGUUUAAAAAGUUUGCAGCCCGAAGAAAAUGGAAACAAUCUGUCCGACUUAUUUCCUUAUGCAACCGCCUGUCUCGGUCGUUCUUGUCCAGGAGUAACAUCAGUGUGGCACGCAGUGAUGACACUCUGGACGAGGAAGACUCAUUUGUGAUGAAGGCCAUUAUCCAUGCCAUAAAUGAUGACAAUGUACCUGGUCUGCAACACCUGUUGGGCUCAUUGAACAGUUAUGAUGUGAACCAACCCAACAAGCAUGGCACCCCUCCUCUCUUGAUCGCAGCAGGCGGUGGCAACAUUCAGAUCAUUGAGGUGUUGAUGAGGAAAGGUGCUGAAAUGAAGGCCCAUGAUAAGAGCGGAGCCAAUGCCAUCUACUAUGCAGCGAGACAUGGCCACGUGGACACGCUAAGAUUCCUCCAUGAGAAGAAAUGCCCUCUGAAUGUGCAAGAUAAGUCAGGAGAGACUGCUCUACAUGUGGCUGCACGUUAUGGGAAUGUGGAUGUGGUGAGCUACCUGUGCAGCAUCAAGGCUAAUCCAGACCUCUGCGACAGGGAACAAGAGACACCGCUACACUGUGCUGCCUGGCAUGGAUACUCUGCAGUUGCCCGGUCACUCUGUAAGGCAGGCUGCCAUGUGGACGCUAAGAACAGAGAAGGAGAGACUGCGCUCCUAACGGCAUCUGCCAGGGGAUUUGUGGAUAUUGUGGAAUGCCUCAUAGAGCAUGGGGCAAAUGUGGAGGCCACUGACAAGGAUGGCCACACAGCUCUUCAUCUGGCAGUGAGGAGAUGCCAGGUGGAAGUGGUCCACUGCCUCCUCAGGCACCACUGCAACGUGGACCAACAGGAUCGUCAUGGCAACACACCCCUCCAUAUCGCCUGUAAGGACGGAAACCUCCCUAUUGUCAUCGCCAUCUGCAACGCUAAGGCCAACCUCGACCUGCCAAACAAAUCUGGAAGGACUCCCCUUCAUUUAGCGUCUAAUAAUGGAGGUCUGGAGGUUGUGCGCCAUCUCUGCCUUGCUGGAGCCAAUACUGACGCUGCCACAAAUGAUGGAAAAACGGCAGAGGAUUUGGCCUGUAAUGAACAACAUGAACUCAUAGUUUCACUGUUUGGAAAGCUUAAGAAGGACAACCAUAAGCAGACAUACACGCAACAGCUCAGACCCACUCACACAGUCCAGCCCCGGAUCAAGCUGAAGCUGUUUGGACACUCGGGGUCUGGGAAGAGUACUCUGCUGGAGUCCCUCAAGUGUGGCAUCCUGCGGAGCUUCUUCAGACGAAGGAGGACGCGAAUGACCAACACUGCCCGCCACCCCAACUCUCCACUCAGCUCUAAACCAGCAGUGUCUGUGAGCAUUUCCAACUUGUACCCCGGCUGUGAAAAUGUGAGCGUACGAAGCCGAAGCAUGAUGUUUGAGCCCAGCUUGACCAAAGGCGUCCUGGAGGUAUUUUCACCUGUGCACAAUGGUCUGUCUGCUGCAGAUGAGCAAGCUACAAAGGCCAUUGACAUCCAGCAUGCAAACAUCCAUGGUGUGGGAGAUUUCUGUGUGUGGGAGUUUUCUGGAAACCCUGUGUACUAUUGUUCUUAUGACUACUUUGCGGCCAAUGAUGUGACAGCCAUCCAUGUGAUCCUAUUCAGCUUGGAGGAGUCGUAUGAAACCCAGCUCAGCCAUGUCACCUACUGGCUGAACCUGCUCAAAGCACUUACACUGCCACAGCACAACAUCGUUUUUGGAGGUCGGAUCCCGCAGCCUCUCGCUGUUGUACUUGUGGGGACCCACGCUGAUGUUGCAGACAUCCCUCGAAGUUUUUCUGGAGACUUCAGUUAUGACAAAGAAAGAACACUGCUGAAGGAAGUUAGAAACAGAUUUGGAAAUGACUUGCAAAUCAGUGACAAAUUGUUUAUUAUGGACGCUGGAGCCUCCAACUCUAAAGACAUGAAACUGUUAAGGAGUCACCUGCAGGACCUCCGGUCCAGCAUCAUCUCUAGGUGCAGUCCCAUGACCCUGCUGUCUGAGCGCCUGCUGGCCGCUCUGCCCACAUGGAGGAAAAUGAGUGGACCAAACCAGCUGACAUCAUGGCAGCAGUUUGUUUUUGACGUUCAGGAACAUAUCAACCCUCUGGUCAGCCAAGAUUACCUGCGCACACUGGCACUUCAGCUUCACAGUAUGGGAGAGAUCAACAUCAUGCAGAGUGAAACGGUGCAGGAUGUUGUUUUGCUAGAGCCGCGCUGGUUGUGUAGUAACGUACUGGGCAAACUGCUUUCAGUGGAGACUCCCAAGGCCAUCCACCACUACAGGGGGCGCUACAGACUGGACGAGGUACAGACACUGGCACCAGACAGCGAUGUGGACGAACUACUUCAGAUUUUAGAUGCGAUGGACAUCUGUGCCCGGGAUGCCAUAAACCCUUCUAUGGUGGAUAUCCCAGCACUCAUCAAGACCAAUGGGCUGCAGCGGUCAUGGACUGAGGAGGAAGAGGAGGAGGUGCUGUUGUAUGGAGGCGUGCGCCUGGUCCCAGCUGAACACCUGACAGCGUUCCCUUGUGGCCUGUUCCACAAGCUGCAGGUGAAUCUGUGCCGUUGGAGCCACCAGCAGAAGCCUGAGGACGACAGCUCCGAGGAGCUGGACGGAGACAUCCACCUGUGGAUCAACGGGGCACGGGUGAGCCAGGCCGGGGCAGAGGCCAUGAUUCUGCUGGUCAACCACGGACAGGGCAUAGACAUUCAGGUGCGGGGGCCAGACUCUCAGAGAGCCAAGUGCUACUCCCUGUUGGACACCAUGUGCAGUAUAACAGAGAACCUACUGGCCUCCACCCUGUCUGGACUGCUCACAGCUAAGUACUACCUGAGCCCCCAGCAGCUCAAGGAGCACCACACGCCUAUCAUGGUGUACCAGCCCAAAGACUUUUUCAGAGCACAGGUUCAACGGGAAUCUUCGCUUGCAAACACCAUGGGCGGCUACCGUGAGAGCUUCAGCAGCAUCCUGGCCUUUGGCUGUGCCGAGGUGUACCAGCAAGGAAUUCUGGGAACACAUAUCCACAUCUCGGAUGUUCCGCUCUUGGCCCGUAGGAAACUGUGCCGCAUGCUGGACCCACCUGAUGCUCUUGGGAAAGACUGGUGCCUCCUGGCUAUGAACCUAGGCCUUACCGAGCUGGUGGCCAAAUAUAGUAACGGGACUCCUAACGGGACGCCCAAUGGGACUCCUGAUCUGGACCUGGGCACACCCUCCGAGGACACGCCCCUCUCCCCCAGCCCCACAGCGGCCCUGCUCCAGGAGUGGAGCACACGUCCGGACAGUACAGUGGGGGUGCUCAUGUCCAAACUGAGAGAGCUCGGCCGCAGAGAUGCUGCUGACUUUCUGCUCAAAGUUUCCCCUGUGUUCAAAGUCAACAUGGAGGCAGUGGGGGCCCCCAGCGGCUACACCCCCACCUGUAAUGGAGGGACGUCUUACUACUCCAUCAGCUCGGUCAUAUCUCGCUGAACAAACAGGGUCAAUAUGUUGUUCUUGCCAAAAGUCACAUAUGAUGUGUGAGUUCUGUUUGAACUUUAAGUGCAAUCCUAACCAGUCCGCUGCUCAUUUUCACUGUGUUUUCUGAGACACACUCAGAGCAAACACGCAGUAAGACAGGACGCUGGUGUCUGAAGCAGUCUGAAGUGCUUGUGCUCUCCUGGACUUGUCCAGCUGACCCAUAUUUGUGUUCUGAAUGUGAGGGCAAAUGAGCUGGUCAUCUGAGAUCCAAAGAGGAACCCUGCCCAACUAUAUUGUGUGUACCUGUUUGUGCUGCUGUCUUAACACGUCUCCACUGCGUCCCUUCACCGCCCCAUUUUAAAAAGCGAAAAAUGAUAGCUUUAACUUUUUGAGGUUUUAUAAAUGACCGCCUUAUGUUUGACCCUUAUUCUUAUUCAACCCUGAUGAGCAAAUAUAUUUCUCUCAGUACAGUCCAUAAGCAGAACAGUGUCAACAGUCCAGUACUCGCUAUAGUAACAGCAUCUCCCAGUGGCAUUAUUAUUUCACAUUUGAACUUUCUGCUUGGUGUUAGUGCCUUUGAGGCCUUCUACCUCCUCCAGAGCACAAUAGUCUGAAUAGUCCUUGUGCCUUGUCCCUGUGUGAAACUAUCUCCUGCUCAACGGUGAUCAACAAGUUUCUGUUGCAGGAAAGGCUGUUUUACAUUUCAGACAGAGCUGAAGAGGAAGUGUUAUACCCGAAUUAGAAUUAAACUAAACUAUGCCUCUGAGAUUAAGGUACUGAAACAUCACGGUGGGUUUCAGUGUAAUACAAUCAGAAAUGGCCAUUCUGCUGUGUGCUGUUUUUGCACUGAAAAUAGUAAUUUGCAUACAGGGUAGAAGGGCAGUGUUAUUUAAUGUGUCAUUCCUCAUUCAGAUAAGUCUGGAUGUCACAAAAAUACAUUGCCCCCUUUUGAUCAUCUUGUCUCACUGCUUGAUCAAUGGAUAAAUGGAGAAGUGAAACUGUGGUCUCUGCAGAGUAGUUUCAGUAAAGGCCAUUUGACCGAGUGCCAACAUUCAUUCAAAUUUGAUGAAGUCUUAUUUAUUAGUAUUGUUGACUACUUUACAGAACAGCACAUUGGAAAACUUAUUUCAGUAUACAUUUCUCCAUAUAGUUUUCACUGUGAUCUUUCUUUGUCAUCUAUCACAUGAAUAUAAAAAGCAUACAUAUAAAAUUAUAAAUAUAUUGAAAAGAAAAGUGCACACAAUAAGCUAUUAAAAUGACUUAAGGUUUAACUGCUUUUUACUCACUACUCUCAUGUUUCCAAUGUUACUUUUAUUUAUAUUUUAAACAAAACAUACAGUUGUAUUCUUUAUGUGCCUCUUUUUUUUACGUUUUCUUUUUUUUUUUUUUUUACUGAUCUGAGUAUCAAAUAAGAUAACUUUUGUAUUUAUUAUAUCAUGUUAUUCUCUCAACACAUUUAUUAGAGAUCUCUAUUCCCAAAGUAUUAUGUUUUAUUCUCAGUUGUAAGUCAAGGGUAAUUGAAUCUGAACACAGGUGUGUACAAGUCAUGGCAUCAUGGGACUCCUCAGUCUGUGCACUUAAACAUGCCCAUUUAAAGUGCCACUAAACAACAGAUUUUGACAGUUUGUGAGUAAAAAUGUAGUUUCUUGCUUUCUCUUUCCUAAGCAUUUGUCGCAUUACUACGAUUAAAAGCCUCAAUGUUGCACAGUGGCCUAUAGUCACCACUUUGGUUGAACUCAGUAAGGCUUGACAGUCCGUAUCAUUGUCAGUGUUUUAGCCUAGUCAUGCUGGCUCAUUUCUUUCAGUUUUUGUGAAAUUAUUAAAGUCAGCAAACAAGGCUUAUGUGAUGCCAAAGUGUGCUGACUAAAGACGUUUUCCUAUAGAUGAAAAGUUCAAGAAAAGUUUUAUAUUCAAAACUUUGUAGUAAGGUUGGUAAGGAGCCUUUAACUGAGAAGAGUGGAUUUCUGAGCUUCACUCCCUUCAGUAUUAACCCAUAACAUUUUAAUAUGUCCCUGUUUGUAUCAAUGUUUGUCUGUAAUUGCCAAUUAAUGUAAAUAUUUUAGCUAAUUAUUUUCAACUCUUUUUGUGUCCAAAUAUGAUGCUGAAUGUAUAUUAUUUCUAAGAAUGUGAGGGUAAGUAGUUCAAUACUGUGUAAAAAGGAAAGGAACAAUGACAACUUUUAUUUUUCUUGCUGUACUAAAGUUUGGAUCAUUGCCAAUGCUGUGUUCUCAAUGCACAACUUUAUCAAAUCGCUUUUACUUAUUUUGUAAAAUGUGCUGGAAAGGGACGUUUCUGAGGCACAUUAUUUCUUAUUUUUAUUGCGUCGUGUAACUGCAGCACAAGCAGAUCUUAAAUGUCCAGUGAGGUUCCUACACUGCAUUGCACAAGUCUUAUUGUUGCUAUUUAUGUUAAAUUCAUUUUAGCAUGUCCUUUUAUGCCAAGUUCUUAGUACUUCUGACACUUUAUAGUGUACUACAUUUUAUAAUAAAUGAUUUGAUUAAUAUCACUUUUCCUGCA